AUGCUUCUUUGGAGGAAUGUGGCCCAAAUUGGACCUUUUAGUGAAGUUUUUAAUCCAUUUUUACUUAAAAUCUAUUCAAAAAACUUUAUGCCACAUCUCAGGCAUAUUGGUUUAUCUUAUAAUAAUUUUAAAUGCUCCCGUCUUAAUAUUUUACUGAGAAAAUUCAAAGAACAAAAUGUGGAAAUUUAUAUGAAAAAUUGA